AUGCCACCUACUAUCGUUGAGCUUGGCGGCCUCCAGACGGAGAACAGGAACCCGAGAACCACGACAAUUGACAGCGUGUCCACGCAGGAACUGUGCCGCAUCCUGCACCGCGAGGAUUGCCGCGUCCCGGCCGCCAUCACACCGUGCCUGUCCGACAUUGCUGGCGUGAUUGAUGCGCUGACUGACCGAGUCCGUCGAGGCGGCCGUCCGCCAUGCUUCGGAGGGAAAUCCCUUUUGGAGCCGGCUGUCAACGACAAAGGAACCAUGCGGGCCGACAAAGGAACCAUGCAUGGCCAAGGACAUAACUCAGCUGACCAGAUUGUCCACAGGCUAGGCGUGCUUGACGCUUCAGAGGUGCCGCCGACGUAUUCAGCCCCCUCGAAUCAGUUUAUCGCGCUGAUUGCAGGGGGCGACUCUGCGCUGCGCAACGCCAAGGAGGGCGCCGAGGACGACCGAUCCGCCGCCAAGACGGAUCUCGACGCGUGUCAUUUCAGGCCCGACCGCGACUCCCUCAUUGGCAUCGCGUCCUCUGGCCGCACCCCCUACGUGCUCGGCGGCCUGGCGUACGCCCGCUCCGUGGGCGGCACCACCGUCGGCGUCGUCUGCGUGCGGCCCUCUGCCGUCGCGGCCGAGGGCAACGCCGACCACCUCAUCAGCGCCGUCACCGGGCCCGAGUCGGUGACGGGCAGCACGAGGAUGAAGGCCGGCACGGCCACCAAGCUGGUCCUCAACAUGAUUAGCACCGGCAUCAUGAUUAAGUUGGGCAAAACCUAUGGGAAUUUAAUGGUCGAUCUCAAAGCCACCAAUGUAAAGCUGCGGCAGCGUGCCCGGAACAUUCUGCGCGCCAUUGGCGGCCAGCGCUGUCGGCAGUCCGACGAGGACCUCGACGCCGUCCUCGCAGCCAGCCACGGCAGCACCAAGCUCGCCGCUGUGGUGCUUGUCCUGGGCGUGACGCCCGCCGACGCCGAGCUGCGUCUUGCGCGCAACAGUGGCGUUCUCGCCCGCGUGUUGGCAGAGGCUGAAACCGAAGGGUCCGCCGCGGGGACGGACGGCGAUGCCGGCAUCGUCCUGUGCGUUGAUGCGGGGGGCACCAGCUGCAAGGCUGCGAUUCUGUGCAGGGACGGGGCGUCCGGCACUGGCAUUGGCGGGCCAUGUAACGUGACCAGCGUGGGCCUAGAGGCCUGUUUGUCAGCCAUUGCCGACGCGGUUCAGAAAGCGACUGAUGCAUGCCCGGCGACAACGGGGCGUCCAUUCUCGUCCAUCCAGUUCGCCGCCGCUUGGGUCGGCAUUGCCGGCUACGGCCCGCUUGCGGCACAGCCUGCCAUCGACGCCAGGCUGUCGGAGCUGCUCAACCUCAGCAUCGGUGCUGGCCUGGAGGUGACGACGGACGUUGAUCUGCUGCCCGUCGCGUCCGCGGCAGACGAGGGUCUGGACACGGCCAUUGUGCUCGUCGCAGGGACCGGUUCCGUCGGCAUGAGCUUCCGCAGGGAACGCGGUCGUUUUGUGCGCACCGGCCGCGCGGGGGGCUGGGGCCACCUGCUCGGCGACGACGGCGGCGGGUUCGGCAUCGGGCGCGAGGCGCUGCGGCUGGCGCUGCGAGCCAGCGACGCGGGCAGGCCGAUGGCGCCGCUCGCCGCUGCCAUUGCCGACCACUUUGGGGGGCGGUUCGAGGCGGAUAAUCUACUCAUGACCGUCAUGGUGCCCGCCGGUGCAACGCCGCAGCAACAGCCCGAGGAUGCGGCGGCGGCGGCGCGCGACAGGCCCGGUCGCAUUGCCGCGGUGGCGCGGACGGUCCUGGCCAUGGCCGGCACGGACGCGGAUGCGGACCGCAUCGCGGCGGCUGGCGCGGACAGCCUGGCGGACAUGGCGGCGCUGCUCAUCGCCAGGCAGGGCAUCGAGCCGGCCAGGGCUGGGCUGGUUCUCGCCGGUGGUCUGCUGCAGGAUGAGGGAUACCGCAGGCGAGUGGUCAGCUCCGUCGAGAAAGCAGGGUACAGGUUUCAGCGUGUUCAGGCAGUGGACCAGCCGGCCAUGAACGGAGCGCGAUUCCUCUCCGAGUUGAUUGAGAAGCGGCGAUAG